GUGUAAACUAAGCAAAAAUUUGUUUAAAGUUUUAUGAAAAAGUAUUGAAUUACAAAAUCAAAAUAUUCUUUGCUUAGCUACAGAAUAAUUUGGAAGAAAUCUUUAAUUUCUUUGAUUAGUCGGCGUCAGUACUACUACAGCUCAAGGAACAAAAGUUGUAGUUAAAAAGUUUUCGCUUGUGUAAAAACGCAAUUAUUAGUGAUUUAACUAAAUGUCAAAAUGAAAGUAACAAUUAAAUCAUGGAUGGGAGUUGCAUCAUGGCGUUGGAUAGCAAACGAUGAAAAUUGUGGCAUUUGUCGUAUGUCCUUUGAGUCAACUUGCCCGGAAUGUGCACUGCCCGGCGAUGAUUGUCCUUUAGUGUGGGGCGUAUGUUCGCAUUGUUUUCACAUGCAUUGCAUUGUUAAAUGGCUGAAUUUGCAACCCUUGAAUAAACAGUGUCCAAUGUGUCGGCAAGCUUGGAAAUUUAAUAUACAUUAGAGAGCAGAGCAGAAGUUACAAAUUCCUGUGUGUAAAAAGAAAAGUUAAAGUAAAAGUUUAAAUAAAUAAAAAAAAGUAAUUGAAGAAAAUUGAAAAUUUUGCACAAAAAUAUUGAACAUUAGUUUGACAUUUAACAAAAAGGAGUGAAUAUUAUCGAAAAAUUUUGUAAGGAAACAAAAUUUAAAAGCAAAUAUUGAUUAAAAGUUUUUUUUGCAACAACAACAACUUUAAUAGCAAGAAAAAAAGUAAAGCAAUAGAGUUGAAUAAGAGAGAAAGAGAGAGCAAUAGCAAGCGUAAAAGCGAAUGUUGGAGUGUGUGUGUUAAUUUUUUUCCAAUUAGAAAACUAGUAAGAAAAACAAAAUCAAAAAGGAUAUUAGUAGUUAAAAGAAGAAGAAAAAAGCAAGAAGUAAUUGAAAAAAUAAAAACCGGUAGAGUAAAAUGGAGGAAGAAAAACUUACACUGCCCGGCUUGCCGCCUUUGCCAAAAAGUCUUAGUGCUGCUAUACAGCAUCCCUCAACAGCUUCACCCCUUAAUCAUGGACACAAUAGUCAUCAUUUCCUAGAUCCUGAUUUAUAUUUGGGUGCCUCUACUUCCUCUUCGGCGGCGGCACAUCGUCAACGUGGUAGUGGAGGAGGUGGUGGAGGCAGUAGUGGCGGUGGGGGCAGUUCAAAUUCUUAUCGUCAUGGCAGUUUAUCUUCUACGCAGGAGUCAUUAAGUGACCGUGAAAGUUUACACAGUCGAGCCUCCUCCACACACAGUGGCCAGCUUCAUUUAUAUCAAUCACAGCAACAGCACACUCCUACCAACAACAAUCAUUCGAAUCACAGCAGCAAUAAUAACACCCACAACAAUCACCAUCAUCAGCAGCAGCUGCAUCAGUCACGUACUGAUAGUGAUAGCACUUCCACUUCUAGUACCACCUCUAAGCUAGACACCCAAUUGGCUAUUCUAAGGCGAGAAAUGUAUGGCCUAAGGCAGCUGGAUCUAUCGCUGCUCUCUCAGUUGUGGGCUUUAAAUGAGUCUAUACAGGGAUUUCGUGCUUAUCUGCAGGAACAGGAGGCUCUCUCGCCACCCUCUCCCUCACCCACACCCUCUGAAACUAAUUCAUUAACUUCAGAGCCAGAAGAUGAGUCAUACUCAAAUCAUCAGCCGGUUAAUAAUGCCAAGCUAAUGCCUCAGAUCUCGCUAACGGCUCAACAGCAGCAGCAACAGCUGCAACAACAACAAAUAAUACCACCAAAAAGAGGUUCAACCACUUCCCAUGCCUCCUCUACCACAACUUCCAAUACUUCUGGUUCUUCUUCGAACAACUCCUCUAUAACUAAACACCAGCAGCAACAGUUGCAUCAACAGAAACAACAUCAUCAUCACCACCAACAUCAUCAAAGCAGUAGUCAAGGUAUGCCUCCCUUAGCACCAGCACCGCAAAAAUCACAUCCACAAUUGCCACGUAUACUACAGCAGCGUAUGCGUCGUGCACCACCACCGCCACCACCAAAUCGUCCUAAAUCUUCGGCCUCUAUAGCCUCGGCAGCUUCAAUAUCGACCAACACCAGUCAUGGCGGUGGUCGUCACAGUAGUAAAUCUUCGUCUCCCUCUCCUUCACCUGGAGGCAGUAUUGGUGGUGGUGUGGGUGCCACUGCCACCUCAUCGACUUCGUCAUCAUCUUUGGCCCAAAGGCAUGUAUGACAAAAUCCCUUCUUAGACUAGGCCCUAGAGCUGCCCGUCUAGUUUAAGAACAAAGGGGAUAAACAAAUAACAAACAAAACAAUUGCAUCACACCAAAUCAACAGAGUUACAUACCGUAAUAACAACUACAACAAAACAACUUUAAAUCAAAAGUAUAAAUCAAUAAUUUUUAACUGAAAGGAAAAAUAAAAACAAAUCGUUAUCAAUCAUCAUCAAGUUAAAGUCAAUUCAAUGCGUUUUGUAUAGAAGACAUUCAUCUAACUAAAAUACUCAUUUAACAUAAUAUAUAGAAACUUCUGCAAACUCAAGUAAGUUGGUUUUUCUUUCUUAUUGUUUUUAUUUCUAAGAAAAAAAUAAUAGAAUUUAAACCAAAAAACAAAAAAAAACCUAACUUAUACGAAGAAGAAAAACAAAA